AUGGGCACCGUGGGCAUUCCCGUGAAGCUGCUGCAUGAGGCGGUAGGCCACACGAUCACGAUUGAGCUGAAGGGUGGCGCGACGUACCGCGGCCGUCUGUUUGAUGCCGAGGACAACUUUAACAUCUCAAUGAAGGACAUUGCCGUCACCGCUCGCGACGGAAAGCAAACACAUCUCGACAGCGUAUACAUCCGUGGAAAUAUGAUUCGGUUCAUGGUUGUUCCUGAUAUGCUGCAGCAGGCGCCGAUGUUCAAGCGCGUCGGUCCCAACGCCAUGAAAGGCCGCGGUAUCGGCAGCGUACGUGGUCGGCAUACGAUUUUGCGAGCCCAAGCUCGGCGUGGUCGUGCGCCUCCCGCACCGCGGCGCUAA